CGUAAUCGUUUCCCUAGAAUCUGCGGUCCGUUUGAUCGCUCGGAACACACAAAGCGCCCUUCUCAGUCCCCACACCGCCCACCAUGACGUCAAUAGGUACAGGUUACGACCUGUCCAACUCGGUCUUCUCGCCCGACGGUCGAAACUUCCAGGUCGAAUACGCGGUCAAGGCAGUAGAGAAUGGUGGCACAGCGGUCGGCAUCAAGUGUAAGGACGGCGUCGUACUCGCUCUGGAGAAGCUCGUCAGCAGCAAGUUGCUCAAGCCCGGCGCGAACAAGCGGAUAGCAACUGUGGACCGCAACAUGGGCAUUGUAUCUUCCGGUCUCCUCCCCGACGGUCGCCACUUCGUCUCCCGCGCCCGCGAUGAAGCAGCCCAAUGGCGGCAGCUUUACAAGGCACCCAUCCCCUCCUCGUCUCUCGCCGACCGCAUGGGAAGCUAUGCUCAAGCGUAUACCCUCUACUCGAGUGUCCGUCCUUUCGGUAUAACCGCCAUUCUUGCAGGCUGGGACUCCGAGGCCGAGCUACCAGUAGAUGGUCAAGUUGGUUCAGGGCCUGCCGUUGGCUCAGGAGGCAAGAAAGACGGCGCAAAGCAUGGUGGGCCAUCGCUCUACAUGAUUGAGCCUAGCGGUCUAUACUGGGGCUACUACGGUGCCGCUACAGGCAAGGGCCGCCAGGUCGCCAAGUCAGAGCUCGAGAAGCUCAAUCUCUCCGAGGGCAAUAUAUCACUAGAGGAGGGUGUCAAGGAGGCAGCACGCAUCAUCUACGUCGCACACGAUGACAACAAGGACAAGGAGUUCGAGCUUGAGAUGACAUGGAUCAGCAGUCUCGACGGUCCUACCAAGGGCAGGCACGAGGAAGUGCCCAAGGACAUCCGGGAAGAAGCUGAGAAGCUGGCAAAGAAGGCGCUGGAGGGAGACGACGACGAUGACGAGGAGGAAGAGAAAAUGGAAGAGUAGACGACGACUGCAUGACGCCACGUAGACGGUCUACAUGCAUAACGAGCGGCUCUCACUGCCUUUCACGAUCAAUGAACAACAUUUGCGAAAGUCAAGCACUAGCACUAUCACUUCUUGUUCGGCCCGCUUCUCAAGCUUGCUUCGUCGCUCCUGCCAAUUCUGGAUUGACAGUU